AUGAUGGGAAGGAGAGCAGCCAGACUGAUGAUGAAGUUGUCAGAAACUCAGCGCUUUUCUCUCACGAUUGUCGCUCUGGCAAGCGUGUCGCUCACAGUUUCUCUUAGCUCGACGUCGAUGAGCAAUGCUGUCCCAGUGAUUACAAGUCAAUUCCACGGCACGGAUGUGCAGGCCUUUUGGUCUGGAACGGCAAACCUCCUUUGCUCUGCGGUCUUCCAACCCGCAUUCGCAGUGUUUUCUUAUAUUUUUGGAAGAAAGCCUCUGUUCAUCAUCGCUUCACUACUGUUUUUAGCUGGCUCUGCUCUUGCAACGGGCUCGCAAAACUUCGAUGUGCUCCUUGUUGCCAGAUCCAUCCAAGGCUUUGGUGGUGGUGGGCUGCUCACGCUGUCUGAGAUUUUAAUCGCAGACCUGACGCCUCUCAGCGAGCGCGGAAAAUGGAUUGGUAUUCUCAGCAUGAUGUGGGCUAUAGGUUGCGUUAGUGGGCCUGUCGUUGGAGGUGCUCUGGCUCACAGAGACGUUUGGAGAUGGAUCUUUGCAUUGAAUCUACCGCUUGCUAGUAUUUCGCUCGCACUUAUCUGCAUCUCUCUGCAGCCUCGCACUUAUUCUACUAGCUUCUACGAAGAAAGCACCAAGCAGAAGCUGGCGCGAGUUGACUGGAUCGGAUUCGCCCUCUUUAUUCCCUCAAUUUCAAGCUUUCUAAUCCCUCUCACCUGGGGUGGUGAGCUAUUCGAUUGGAAAAGUUGGCAUACACUAGUGCCACUUCUUGUGGGCGUUGCAGGUCUGGCAGCAUUCGUGAUCUAUGAAAUGUUCAUCGCAAAGGAGCCAUUCCUGCUGAAGACUAUAUUCCGCGACUGGAACGCAAAGCUGGUCUAUGUGCAGACCUUCUUACAUGGUUUGAUCGUCUGGUGCCUUCUAUACUACCUCCCACUGUACUAUCAGGCCGUCAAGUCAUACAGUGCUCUGAUGUCAGGUGUCGCCCUUUUACCUGAAACAUUCAGUAUCACCCUUGCAGCUGGCCUAGUGGGGUUUGUUAUCGCGAGCACAGGCCGCUACCGCGAGGCCCUGACAGCAGGAUGGGUCGUUGCAACCACCAGCCUUGGCACGCUGUAUCUACUUGAUGUCCACACCGCAACCUACAAGUGGGUACUUAUCAACUUCUUCGUGGGCAUGGGAACGGGAUCUUUAUUCACGAGUCUGAACCUGACUGUUCAGUCGAACAUCGCCCCUCACGAAGUUUCCCAUGCCCUUGGAUUUUUCGCAUUCUUCCGCGCUUUAGGCCAAGCCAUCGGUGUUGCUAUUGGAGGUGCCACUUUUGACAAUAUCUUCAGAUCAAAACUAGGACAGAACUCUGAGAUAGCAGCCUACAAAAAUGAGUUGAGCAAAGGAGCUGCAGCGUUGAUCGAGAUCUUGAAAACGAUCCCCGAUUCAGAUGCCCGAAAGCCAGCCUUGAUCCAAACCUAUGCAGAUUCGCUGCGAUUGCUGUGGCCCGUGAUGUGUGGCUGCGCCGGAAUCGCGUUACUGUUUAGCUUAUUCAUUAGGCACCACAACCUGGCCCGAGGAGGCGAAGAUGAAUAUGCUACUGAUACCCCUAUGGAGUCUAUACAAGAGCUCGGAGGAAGCCAUUUCAAGGCCUCCAGGCCAAAAUAUUGA